AAGAUCUUAGAAAUAUAUGGUCUCACACAGUUGAUAUUGCAAAAGAAGGUUUGGAUAAUCUAUUAAAAGAGUCAAAGACAUCAGUACAAAAAUAUUUAGAUAAUAAUAUUCACAUAAGCCAUGAUAAAUAUGGUAAUCAAUUGUUUGUAUAUGAUGAAAUUUGGAAUGAAUAUAUUUCGAGAUUUUUUAAAGAAGUAGCAAUUGAAGAAGUAGAAUACACUAAUACGUUUUUUAGUUUAAUUAAUGAUAAACAUACCCUUGAUGAUAUAUUAAAAUUUAUUUAUUCAUUCUUAGAAUAUUUUGAAAUAUUAAAAAAAAUACUACAAGAAGAAUACCACGAAGAACUCCUUCGAACAAUUGUAGAAAACUUGAAUGAGAAAAAAUGA